CUCAAUUGAUUCAUAAAAAAUUCAUAUGUAUCGAGGAAGUAACGAUCAAAUCCAGGUGAUGAUCAUCUAGUGAAAAAGAUUACAAAAAUGGGGGUGCCACAAACCAUAGAUGUUGGUUCUCAUGUGUGGCUUGAAGAUUCUGAACUUGCUUGGGUAGAUGGAAUUGUGUUUAGCGUCACAGGACAUGAUGUUGAAGUUCAAACUAGUGAUGGAAGAACUGUUGUGGCAAAGUUCUCAGCAUUACAUCCUCGGGAUGCAGAAUCUCGAGCUGGAGGAGUUGAUGACAUGACUAACCUCCAUUACUUGAAUGAGGCUGAAGUCCUACAUAAUUUAGCAACAAGAUUUCAGAUAGAUGAAAUAUAUACUUACACGGGGAAUAUUCUUAUUGCUGUCAAUCCAUUUCAAGCCCUUCCACAUUUAUAUGAACCUGCGGUGAUGAAACGAUAUAAAGAAGCAAAAAUGGGAGAGCAGGCCCCUCACGUUUUCACCAUUGCUGAUAUUGCAUACAGAGCAAUGAUUACUGAAGGUAAAAGCAAUUCGAUUCUUGUUAGUGGUGAAAGUGGAGCAGGAAAAACUGAGACAACUAAGAAUCUAAUGUGUUACCUUGCCUAUCUUGGGGGAAAUUCUGCUGCAGAAGGACAGACUAUUGAACAACAAGUUCUAGAAUCAAAUCCAGUUCUUGAAGCGUUCGGCAAUGCAAAAACAGCUAGAAACAACAAUUCUAGUCGUUUUGGGAAAUUUGUUGAGAUUCAAUUCGACAAUGUCGGAAGAAUUUCUGGGGCUGCAAUCAGAACGUAUCUUCUUGAGAGGUCACGUGUAUGCCAAAUUUCAGAUCCUGAGCGUAACUACCACUGCUUUUACCUUUUAUGUGCAGCACCAAAAGAGGAGAUAGAGAAGUACAAGCUGGGAGAUCCAAAAUCAUUCCACUAUCUUAACCAAUCCAAUUGUUAUCAAUUGGUUGGUGUGAACGAUGCAAACAAUUAUCUAGCCACUAGGCGAGCCAUGGAUGUUGUUGGGAUAAGCGAGGAGGAACAAGAAGCCAUUUUUAGAGUUGUCGCUGCUAUUCUUCACUUGGGUAAUAUAGAUUUUGGAAAUAAUGAAGGAGACCCUGAAUCAUCAGUUUUAAAAGAUGAUGAUUCCAAAUUUCAUCUUGACAUGACUGCACAACUCCUCAGGUGUGAUCCUGAAUCGUUGGAAGAUGCAUUGUGUAAGCGCAAAAUGAUAACGCCAGAUGAUGUUAUCAAGAAGAGUCUUGAUAUUAGUGGUGCUAUAAUUAGCCGGGAUGGUUUAGCAAAGACUAUAUAUUCUCGCUUAUUUGAUUGGUUGGUCGACAAAAUAAAUGUGUCCAUUGGCCAAGAUCCUAAGUCCAAGUGUCUGAUAGGGGUUCUUGAUAUUUAUGGCUUCGAGAGUUUUGAAUCUAAUAGUUUUGAACAGUUGUGCAUCAACUAUACUAAUGAAAAGCUACAACAACAUUUCAACCAGCAUGUAUUCAAGUCAGAACAAGCAGAGUACACAAAGGAGGAAAUUGAUUGGAGAUACAUUGAAUUUGUUGACAAUCAAGAUGUUCUCAGUCUUAUUGAGAAGAAAACUGGCGGGAUAAUUGCUUUACUUGAUGAGGCAUGCCUAGUACCAAAAUCAACUCAUGAGACAUUUGCGCAAAAGCUGUAUCAAACAUUUAAAGAUCACAAACGAUUCAUAAAGCCAAAGUUGGCUCGAUCCGAGUUCACCAUUGUUCAUUAUGCAGGAGAAGUACUCUAUCAAUCAGAACAAUUUUUGGACAAGAACAAAGACUACGUUGUUCCUGAACACCAAAACCUGUUGAGUGCUUCACAAUGCUCUUUCAUACAACGUCUAUUUCCUUCCUUAUCAGAGGAAACCAGCAAACCAUCCAAGUUCUCAUCUAUUGGUUCUCGGUUUAAGCUCCAAUUGCAACAGUUGAUGGAGAUUUUGAACUCGACAGAUCCUCACUUUAUUAGAUGUGUGAAGCCAAAUCAUGUCUUAAAGCCCUCAAUCUUUGAGAAUCUUUAUGUCAUGCAACAACUACGUUCUGGUGGAGUUCUAGAGGCAAUUCGAAUCAAAUGUGCUGGAUAUCCUGCUCAUAAGACCUUUGAGGAGUUCUUAAAUCGAUAUAAUAUAAUUGCCCCAGAGGUUUUGACCAGAAGUUAUGAAGAAAAGGUAGCUUGCAAAUGGAUAUUAGAAAAGUCAGAGAUUACUCAAUAUCAGAUGGGGAUAACAAGAGUAUUCUUAAAAGGAAAUCAGAUGGCAGAGUUAGAUGCUCAAAGGGCAAGAAUUUUACGAAACUCAGCCUCAGUCAUUCAAAGACGAGUUAGAACACGUUCAACACGUAAGAAAUAUGUUCUCAUGCGCCAAUCUUCUAUUCACAUACAAUCUCAGUGGAGAGGAUACCAUGCUCGAAAGUCCUACAAAGAAAUGAGAAAGGAGGUUGCUGCUGUUAAAAUCCAGAAGAAUUUGCGGAGGCAAGUAGCUAGGAGAACAUACACGAAUAUGAGGUCUUCUGCAGUUAUACUACAGUCUGCUUUACGAGCUAUGGCUGCUCGAGAGUACUUCUAUAAUAAAUUGGUAACCAAGUCAGCAACCAGGAUCCAGGCUGUUUGGCGCCGUCGUAAAGCCGUUCUAAACUAUGUGGAACUCCAAAAAAUUAAUUCCGAAAGAGCUGCUCUAGCUCAACAAUCUCCUGUAGGGACUUCAAAAAGCAUGCUUGUUGAAACAGAACAAGUCAUUCAUGAACAUGGCCAAGAUAAUGGAGUUGGAGAGAACAGAUCAUAUACUGUAGUUGAAGAGCCUGCAACUUCUCAUGAUGGUUCUGAUGGUGAAAGAGCUAAUUCUAAUGUCGAAAAUUGGAAGUUCUUGCUUUGGGCAGAGAAGCAACGAGCAGAUAAUGCAGAAAGAAAAUACGAGGAAUCUGUGGAAUUGUGCGAGAGAAGGCGUGUCAAAUUAGAAGAAACAGAAUUCAGGGUUUACCAACUUCAAGCCUCUUUCAACAGUGUGUCUCAGGAUGUUAAACUCCAUAUCAGAACAAUUCACAGAGCUGAAAGAGCUAUUGAAUCAUUCUAACAACUCUGCGUCUACUUCAGGAAGCAAUGCUCCUGCAUCUAAGUUUGCUGCUCUCAGAAACCGAAAUGCGUUCAGGGCUAUAGUGCAAACUCUUUCAGAGACAGAAGGCAUAGGACCAGGGAAGGCCAAGAAAAAGGACGGAGCAUUUGAUGACUACUUUUGAUGAAACACAAUAUUGGUCAAAGAUAUCAACGAGAAGUUCUUUGACAUUACUCACUAGUUUAGUGUCGUACAUUGAGAUUUCAAUAGUAUUUAGGUGAUCUUGCCAAAUAGAUGGACAUACUCUUUUAUCAUGACUCGUGGCUAACAUAGAGUACAGUCUAAUUAAAAAACUGUACAAAGAAUUUUGUGAGAAAUCAAUAUAUAUCAAUAUGCAAUAUGCAAUAAUCAGAUUACAGUACUGUGAAUCAUUCAUUACCUUUCUUCCUUGUGUACUUUUCCUGGCUAAAAUAUAGUAAAUGGCGUGAUCUGCACUCUUCUCCA